AUGCAAUUGCCAGAAGACGACAUACCAGAAUCCAUCAUGUUAACAAUGGAACAAAAAAUUGGUGACAAGGAGCAGGAGGUAUCUGAAAGAGCUGGCUAUGUUCCAGAUCCUUUAUUAAAUCCAAUGGAAUCCGGCACAUCAGAUAGUGUCCCUAUGAACAAUAGUGCCGUUCUUGAUGUAAAUGGUUCAUUGGUAUCGUCGGAUGAAAUUAAUAAUUACGUUUUAACAAAGAUAAAGAAUGGCGGAACAGAUAGUCAAAUCGACGUCGACAACGUCUACUUAAUUCCGC